UUAGUCGAAUUUCGUUAUUUCACGUUUAAAGUUCGUACGUGCGCUGAACGGACGGACUGCUACGACCGGAGUGUUGUGUUGUGAGUGCGAAAGCGUAAAAUCGGCCAGGCGGAUACAUAUGCACUUCCCCCAAACGCAAAAAAAAAAAAAUUUUCAAAAUAUAUACGAGAAAGUCAACACAAUCGCCUAUUUUUUAAGUCGUUUUCGAGUGAUCCUUGUGCUUUAUCAAAAUUAGACUGAGUUUAAAACAAAGUAUACAUGUGAAACAAAAUUAGCUCAGUAAAUAGCAAACUUUUGGAUAACCCCACGUUCCCGGAACCAUCUAAUAACGUACGUGCCUCAUCAUAAAACGCGCCCUCAACGAGGCAUUCGAGCGAAACCACUAACCAAAAACGGCCAAGCCAAAGAAAUAAAUAAAGUACAUACAUACCUAUGUAUAUCUAACAAAAGGAAAACCCAUAAAUGAAUACAUUGUAAAAGCCCAUGCGUGAAUCAAACGUAAAUAUUGUAGAUGCAAGCCAGCAAAGAAAGUAGUGUGUAAAUUCUUUUUUACACACAUAUGUAUCGUGUACACAUAUAAAUAAUAAAUACCGCUGAGGCAAUUAUAAUACUUAAUGAAUUUAUUGCACAAUUAAAGCGAAGCCAGCAUAUCACAACAACAAAUUAAUAUGCCGCUGGCGUGAAAGUCACAACUCGACGCAUGAGAAAUCCCCCCUGCGCCACAGCACUGAAUUAUUAAUGAAAUCGAAUUACAAACAAAGCCCAGCAAGCAUCAGCAAUAACGAUUGCGAAUCGAAAUCGGAAUAAAUAAUAAAAAGAGGAAAAAUAAAAAAUAAACACAAUAAUAAAUUAUCAUAAAUAAGUACUCACAUCAACGAGAACCGCGAAACGUGGACGGCUUAAUCAGCGAAAAGUCAGGCAGCUGGAAAAUAUUUCAAGCAAGGCGCAGGCGCCGCUUUUCACACGAGUUGGCAGCACACGCCACAUAAAUUGGCACUUACCGUUAAGCGCACUGCCGUACUUUGCGGUCGGGACAAAAGCAACAACCACUCAACACCUCCACCGAACCACCAAAGAAAAGCCGUCAAAGUGGAUUUAACAAAUUAUAAUAAAAUGCUGCAAUCCAGCAAUCAUCAUUAUUUAAGACCGGAUUAUAUGACAGCUGCAGCUGCCCCAACAGCGCAGCUGGACAACAAAAGCAGUCCGUUGGCGCUAUUGGCCCAAACAUGCAGCGCCAUCGGGGCGGAUACCACAAACCCCAAGCUGCUGGCGGCGAACAUCGAGAAGUCCACAAAGCAACUGCAGCACCACCCAAAGGGCUCGAGUGGAUCGGGUGGAUCCGGCUCCUUUGGCCUCAGCCAGCAGGCAUCAAUGGAUGGCAGUGCACGCGAUAAAUCCUCACCGGUUAGCAGUCAUUCAUCCAGCGUUAGCACCGGUUCCGUGGAGCAGCAGCAAUUGCCCCCCGCCCAUGGCAGCAGCAGCAGCAGCAAACCGACACCGACCACAUUUAAGCCCUACGAGCCGAACAACAACAUCAGCAAUAUAACCACAGCCGCCGAUUGCGGCGCCACAAAUCUCAGUAGCAACAACACCAGUGCCCAGCAGCGGGUUAAGACCCCCAAAUCGAUGACGAACGGCGGUGGCCAGCGUUGCGACUCGAACCAAAGUGCCAGCUCGCAGCACCGGGAAUCGCCGACAGCAGCCGGCUCACUGAGAAGGACCCCCACCUCGGGCCUGGCUGGUGGUGUGAUGCAGCAUAAUGGCAGUCCCGGCCUGCCGCCAACCGCCUCCACCACGCCCGGUCGCAGCAACUCCAAAGAGUCGGCCGCCAUGCACAGUCCCAGUGCAGCGGCAGCGGCAGCGGCGGCGGCUGCCCAAAUCGCCAGCUCGAAUCGCCUGCAGGAAGCCGCCCUCGCCGCCGCCAAGGAGGCCAACUAUGUGAAGGCUCUGCACGCGGCCAGCCAGCAAGGAUCCGCCUCAGCAGCAGCAGCUGCUGCAUCCUAUUAUCCACCCGGUUACGGCAGCCCCUAUUCCAUGGACUUGAUGACCGCCAGCUCGUUGAUGUCGCCACACCACGCCAUGUUCAAGGCGUCGGCGAUGAAUCCGUAUCUGAACUACGCCCGAAUGAAGGGGCUGACGGAGCAGUCGAUGAUGGCGGCCACGCCGAAUGUGUGCCGCGAUCCCUAUUGCACCGGAUGUCCGGCCAGUCCGCACUACAUAAACAAGGCGGCAGGUCAGCCGUGUCCGGCGGGAUGUCCGCAGUGCGAGGGAGGUGGAGGCGGCGGAGGUGGUUCAUCCAAAUCCAGCGGAAGCCAAGGCGGAUCGGGUGGUUCAUCGAGUGCGGCAGCAGCGGCGGCGGCGGCAGCUGCCUCCUCGUACCACGCCCAGUUGGCCGCCCUGGCCGCUGCCUCCCAGAUGCCGUACGUCUGCUCGUGGAUCGGCAGCGAUGCCGCGUACUGUGGCAAGCGAUUCGGCACCUCCGACGACCUGUUCCAGCAUCUGCGCACCCAUACGGCCUCCGUUCCGGACGCAGUACUGAGUGCAGCGGCCGCCGGCGGUAUACCGCCCAAUCAUCCGCUUUUCCAGCGCACCUAUCCCACCCCGCCGCUGAGUCCGCUGUCGGCGGCCCGUUAUCAUCCGUACGGUAAGCCAUCGAUGCUGCCGCCCUCGUUGGCGCCACCCGGAAUGCCCGGACUGCCGCCACAUCCGGCGCUGGCCCAAUAUUUUGCACCGUACUCGUUAUACGGUCCCAGGAUGGGAUCUUCGCAUCCGUAGUAGGCGGCUGAUUGAAUCGCAGCACAAUGCGAAAGUUCGGCCUUCAGUCAAACCCAUCAUUUCUCUUGAGUCGUCGUCGUAUCUCUAUGUGUUUUUUGGUGUAUAUGUAUGACUCACUCGUGAAACGAAAAGCUAGUGAUCUAAUGUACUGUAGUUACAUACAAAUGUGUUUACAAUUUAGCUUAAGGAGUCUAGCGUCUAGAUAUACAUACAUACAUAUAUGUAUCUAAUAUCGAUGAUAUAUUACAUUAGUGCAGCACAUCAAAUAUCGCUCGUCCUUGUGUGUCUGUGUGUGUUUUGUGGUUGCUACUAAACGCAAACGGUAAUUUUAAUUUAAUUUAUUCUAUUCAAGCGAUUACGAUUACGGAAUUAACGAAAUGAAAAGAUUGUCCAAAAACUAAAAGUUGUAAAAUUCUUGUAAAAUAUAUGAGUAACUGCUUAUAAUUAAUUCUAUACAUAUGCCUAAACAUAAAUGUGUAAUUAUGAACAAUAUUUUAAUGUUCAAUUAAGUCACUACAAAGAAAUCAAUAAAUCAAAGAAAAUUAAAUACC